GGCUUCAAGCCUCGCCUAACCAAAAAUAAAUCAUAUCAAGACUUUCACUCUCAAAUCUUGAAUUCACAAGAUGGGUAUUUGCAGUUCUUGUGAAUCGACACAUGUAGCAACAGCAAAGUUGAUCUUACAAGAUGGAAGGUUACAGGAAUUCUCGUACCCAGUUAAGGUUUCAUUUGUUCUUGCCAAGAUCCCAACCUACUUCAUCUGCAACGCUGAUGAAAUGGAGUUUGAUGAUGUCGUUUCAGCUAUAAAUGACAAUGAAGAACUCCAACCCGGUCAGCUUUAUUUUGCCUUGCCAUUGAGCUGGCUAAAGCAUCCCUUACAACCUGAAGAAAUGGCUGCAUUGGCCGUUAAAGCCAGCUCCGCUCUAAUGAAAAGCGGCGGGGCUGAGAAAUGUGGAUGUCACAAGAAACUGGCUUUUUCUGUCGAGAAUGAUGGUAAGUCAAGCCGGAGAGUGGCGGCCGGCGGUGGCGGGCCGAGAAGAAAUGGUGGCAGGGGAAAGUUCUCGGCGAGGUUGGGUGCCAUUCCUGAGUAGGGGUAGUUUGGGGAAUUAGAGAGGGUUGUGGGUGUAAAUAUUGUCACGAUUGGGGUUAGUUGUUGAAGUUUGCGGGUAGGAUUGCACCCUGGAUUGACGAUUAGGUGGCUGUUGCAAUACCUUUGGCUGUCCCCAUUUAAGGGCUGUAUUACAAUUUUACCCCUAGAUGAGUUGACUAGCUAUAUUUGAAAAUAAUAACCAUUUUUUUCGCUCCUUAUUAAUUAACAA